GAGACGAGAGCGCGAGCAGGCGCUCCGGUCCGUUUGUGCGCAACAAUGGAGACGCGCGUUCAUGGCAGUUAGAAAACAACGGCUUUGUUUCUAUUUAAGGAAAAGAUGCGCGGCAGCAUCCACGGAUCAGAACACGCAUGAUGGGGGAUAGGAGCUGAAAACCGCCUGUGGUUGCAACAAAGUGCCGGAUUGUUAAUUUAAAGGAGGAAAAACAAACUAUUAAUUGCUUUCUUGCUUUUUGCACUCCAUCAGCUCUCCGGAGGAGGGAGGACAAUCAUAAAGAAGACGUUUUCCGCCGCAAAAGUGGGUUAAAAAAAUUAAUCUGGCUGCUCCUUUCCAACAAAAUUGUUAUUUGGAUCGGGAGAUGGUUCUGAGGUGUUGCUGAGACCCCUGGAGAGGCUUUGACACUGAAGACGGGCACCGGAGGCGCACCGCGUCUCCUCAGGCGGCGUUUUACGCACCGCACCACCUGGAAACGACGCGCUCCGCAGCUCUCCCCCUUUUCCUCCCCUGCUCCUCGCUCCUUCGUCCUCGGCCUCCUCUUCAGUCCUUCGAUUUUCAAGCUGUGGUGGACUUUAUGACCACGACAACAAAGUGAUCAUGCGAUGACUGCGCGCGGUUUGGGCACAUCUCCAGGGUCCAUUACAGGAGCUGAAUGAUGGCCGAGGAUGAGGGAAAUCUCUCCGGGGCCCCCGAGUCCAGGGGCUCGGAGGGUCGCUCCACUCUCCCGAGGACUUUCAUCCGGCUCAACGACCUGUCCGGGGUCGGGGCGGGAAGCAGAGAGCGCGCCGAGGCGGAGCCGGUGGCUGCCCCGGAAUCCCCGGCGUCCCCAGCGCCCGACGGGAUUUCUACCGCCGGUGAGGACGCGUCAGCGAGCGGCGACGAGAGUUUGCCCUACCCCACUCUGGCUCCCGUGGUCUUCUUCUACCUGAAACAAACCACGCGGCCUCGGAGUUGGUGCCUCAAAAUGGUCUGCAACCCCUGGUUCGAGCGAGCGUCCAUGUUGGUGAUCCUGCUGAACUGUGUGACACUGGGCAUGUUUCAUCCCUGCGAGGACAUUGUCUGUGACUCUGAGAGGUGCAAGAUCCUUCAGGACUUUGAUGACUUUAUCUUUGCCUUCUUUGCCAUCGAGAUGGUGAUCAAGAUGGUAGCUCUGGGGAUUUUUGGGAAGAAGUGCUACCUUGGAGACACGUGGAACCGCUUGGACUUUUUCAUCGUCGUGGCCGGGAUGUUGGAAUAUUCUCUCAACCUGCAGAAUGUAAGUUUUUCAGCGGUGAGGACGGUCCGUGUGCUGAGGCCGCUCCGAGCCAUCAACAGAGUGCCGAGUAUGCGUAUCCUGGUCACCCUGCUGCUGGACACCCUGCCCAUGCUAGGAAAUGUGCUGCUGCUCUGCUUCUUCGUCUUCUUCAUAUUUGGCAUCGUGGGAGUCCAGCUGUGGGCCGGCCUGCUCAGAAACCGCUGUUUUGUGGAAGACAACUUCUCCUUCCCUCUGGCAGUCGAGCUCGGAAAAUACUACCACACUGAAAACGACGACGAGAACCCCUUCAUCUGCUCUCAGCCCAGAGAGAACGGCAUGAGGGACUGCGGCUCGGUGCCCACCCUGUACGAGGAGGGAGGCCUGCAGUGCAAACUGGACAUGUACUUUUAUAACAGCACUGACAACACCACCUGUGUCAACUGGAACCAGUACUACACCAACUGUUCUGCUGGGCCCUUCAACCCGUUUAAGGGCGCCAUCAAUUUUGACAACAUCUGCUAUGCCUGGAUUGCCAUCUUUCAGGUGAUCACCCUGGAGGGCUGGGUUGACAUCAUGUACUUUGUGAUGGAUGCUCACUCCUUCUACAACUUCAUCUAUUUCAUCCUGCUUAUCAUUAUUGGCUCAUUUUUCAUGAUCAACCUGUGCCUGGUCGUCAUUGCCACUCAGUUCUCAGAGACUAAACAGCGGGAGAGUCAGCUGAUGAAGGAGCAGCGGGUGCGCUUCAUGUCUAAUGCCAGCACUCUGGCCUCUCUUUCUGAGCCGGGUUCCUGCUACGACGAGCUGCUUAAAUACCUGGUGCACAUCAUCCGUAAGGGGGCCAAGCAGGUCGCCCACAUCUGCAGGGUCUUGGCUCGGCGUGGCGGGCUCAACAUAGCAGCAUCACCUCCCGCCGUGGAGCCACAACGCAGCCAGAGCCAGAGGCGGAGGAGGAAGUUAUCCCGGCAGGGUUCUGUGUCUGUUCAUAACUUGGGGCACCAGCAUCACCACCUCCACCAGCACCACUGCUACCACCUGCGGAAUGGCAGUGUCAGACGAGGAGGCAGCUUUAGAGGUCUAGAGAGCAAGGAUGUGGAGGCUGGUUCUCAUAACAACAAUGGAGGAGCUCGCCUAGCAACCACAUCUACCGGCCAUCUCACGGUGGCGCUGCCCUUUCCCGUGACAGGAGCCACCUCUGAGUCCAAUCUGGCCACUUUAACCAAUCCCGUUGUGGGAGACACUAAGUCAUCUUCAUUUCGGAGUGUAUACCGUACAGACAACCUCUCUGAAGCUCUUUGCUGUACACCCAGCAUUCAAGGGAAGAUCCCAGGCCCCUUCUCCCUGGCCCCCGCACCCGUAUCGAGGGCUAUGAAGAGGAACUCUGUGCCCUUUGCUGCUCCAGCACCUAAGAACUACCCCACUCUGCAGGCCAGAGCCCUGGCAGAAUCCAGAAGAGGCAGUCUUGCAGGCAGCACUUUAACUCACUUCAACUUCAACCUCAACAUCCCACCCAUGCCCACAGAGAGGCAACCUCAGAGUCUGCUGGACCCCCAUAGUCCCACAGCCCAGCUCCCCUGCCAGCUGUCAGCUCACGACCUCAGCACCGCAGAGAGCGCGGUCGACACGGCCGCUUUCACAUUAGACCCCGAGAGUUGCCCAUACUGUGCCAAGGCUCUGGCCAACGAGGCCGAGGGAGGCGCCGAGGGCAACAGGACCCCCGGCGACUCUGACAGUGACGGCAUAUAUGAGUUCACGCAGGACCUCCACCACAGGGACAGGCGAGACAGCCGGCAGACCAAGAAGAAGCACUGCAGGCUGGGCAAGCCCGCGGCUCAGGCCGUGCACUUCUGGAGGCUGGUGUGCGACACGUUCAGGAAGAUCGUGGACAGCAAGUACUUUGGCCGUGGGAUUAUGAUCGCAAUCCUGAUCAACACUCUGAGCAUGGGCAUCGAGUACCACGAGCAGCCUGAUGAGUUGACCAAUGCACUGGAGAUCAGCAACAUUGUGUUCACCAGCCUGUUCUCCCUUGAGAUGCUCUUAAAGGUUUUGGUCUAUGGGCCCUUCGGCUACAUCAAGAACCCCUACAAUAUCUUUGAUGGCAUUAUUGUGGUCAUCAGUGUUUGGGAGAUCGUGGGUCAGCAGGGUGGCGGUCUGUCAGUGCUCAGGACCUUCCGGCUGAUGCGGGUUCUGAAGCUGGUCCGUUUCAUGCCGGCGCUGCAGAGGCAGCUGGUGGUGCUGAUGAAGACUAUGGACAACGUGGCCACGUUCUGCAUGCUGCUCAUGCUCUUCAUCUUCAUUUUCAGCAUCCUGGGGAUGCAUCUGUUCGGCUGUAAGUUUGGGUCGGAGAGAGACGGAGACACGCUGCCAGACAGGAAGAACUUUGACUCUCUCCUCUGGGCCAUCGUCACCGUCUUCCAGAUCCUGACCCAGGAGGACUGGAACAAGGUCUUAUAUAACGGCAUGGCCUCCACCACCCCCGUCGCUGCGCUCUACUUCAUCGCUCUCAUGACCUUUGGGAACUACGUCCUCUUCAACUUGCUGGUGGCUAUCUUGGUCGAGGGUUUUCAGGCAGAGGAAGUGUCCAAGCGGGAGGAGCUGCAUGUCCAGCUGAGCCUUGUUCAGCUGCCUAUAGACUCUGGGGGUGAUGCUUCUAAAUCAGGUUCAGAGGUUGAUUCCUUUGCUCGCAGUAUGGAGGACGUUAAUGGCAGCAAGAAGAAUUUAUCAGCCUCUGCAGUAGUGCCUGUAAAUGGGCACGUGGACCUGAAGACCAACCUAACUCCUCCUCUAAUUACGCACACGGCGGCCACCCCCAUGCCUGUACCCAAGUUGCCCAUUGGGGGUGACCCGCUCCUGGGCUACGAGUCUCGGCGAGGAAGCAACGUCUCCACAGACCCAGCCGGCCAUGACAAAUCACCGACCAGUGUUCGCAGUUGUUCCCCCUAUGCCCCAUGGAGUUCGGGCAGUGGCUGGACCAGCCGUCGUUCCAGUUGGAACAGUGUAGGUCGAGCUCCAUCACUCAAGCGCCAGAAACGGCAGUCUGGGGAGCGACGGUCACUCCUCUCAGGGGACGGUGGCUCCAGCUCAGAAGAUGGGGAAGCUGCAGCUGAAGAUUGCUUGAUGGAGGAUGAUAAUACCUCCAUUUCCAGGACAGACUCCAUGUCCCAUUCACAGAGAGGACCGCGGCACAGGAGGAUGGAGUCAGUGGAGACUCGGAGCUCCAUGGAUUUGCCUCCCGACGCUUUGCUGCAGGUGCCAUAUCUGUAUCGGUCUGCCAGUAUGCACAGCUCCAGACCGACAUCUCUCAGCCACCUACGGCCCCCAGAGCACACUGACUGUAAUGGAAAGGGCUCCCCGUGUAUCAUGGGCUUCACUCACGUCUCCUUGGAGGACAACACUGAAGAUGAUAAUGCAGAAGAGGAGGUCCACCUGGGGCAUUUUGGCAGACUGUUCCACUGGCUGGAGAAGAAACAGCCAGCAUGGUGUCGACAGAGAGACACCUGGUCACUCUACCUCUUCCCUCCAGAGUCCAGGUUUCGGAUCCUGUGCCAUAAGAUCAUCACCCACAAAAUGUUUGACCAUGUGGUGCUGGUCAUCAUCUUCCUGAACUGCAUCACUAUUGCCAUGGAGAGGCCUCGUAUCGAACCCAGCAGUGCUGAGAGACUCUUCUUGACAUUGUCCAACUACAUCUUCACUGUGGUUUUUGUGGCUGAGAUGACCGUAAAGAUUGUAGCGCUGGGCUGGUGUUUCGGGGAUAAGGCCUACCUAAGGAGUAGCUGGAAUAUUCUAGAUGGGAUGCUGGUGCUUAUUUCUGUCAUUGACAUCCUGGUGUCACUCAUCUCCAACUCCGGUACCAAGAUCCUGGGCAUGCUGAGAGUGCUGAGGCUGCUACGGACCCUUAGACCGCUUCGUGUCAUCAGUAGGCAGCCCCGGCCCAUGAAGCUGGUGGUGGAGACCCUCAUGUCCAUCUCUGAAGCCCUCGGCAACAUUGUGGUCAUCUGCUGUGCCUUCUUCAUCAUCUUUGGCAUCCUCCCGCCUCAGCUCUUCAAAGGGAAGUUCUUUGUAUGUCAAGGAGAAGACGUGAGGAACGUCACCAACAAGUCGGACUGUCUGCAGGCCAACUACAAAUGGGUUCGACACAAGUACAUUGACAAUCUUGGACAGGCUUUGAUGUCUCUGUUUGUCCUGGCAUCAAAAGACGGCUGGGUGGACAUUAUGUACGAUGGACUGGAUGCGGUAGGAGUUGAUCAACAGCCAAUAAUGAACUACAACCCGUGGAUGCUCCUCUACUUCAUCUCCUUCCUGCUGAUUGGCCUUCUUGUGCUCAACAUGUUUGUGGGCGUGGUGGUGGAGAACUUCCACAAGUGCCGGCGCCACAGGAGGCCGAGUGAGGCCAAGCAGGAGGAGAAGAGACUGAAACGCAUGGAGAAAAAGAGACGGAGUAAGGAGAAGGAGCUGGCUGAAGCUCAGAAUAAGCCGUACUACUCCGAUUACUCCCCCACCCGCCUGAUCAUACACAAGAUGUGCACCAGCCACUACCUAGACCUGUUCAUCACCAUCGUCAUCGGGCUCAACGUCAUCACCAUGUCCAUGGAGCACUACCAGCAGCCCAAGGAGUUGGACGAGGCGUUGAAGAUCUGUAACUACAUCUUCACCCUCAUCUUCGUUCUGGAAUCUGUCUUCAAACUGGUGGCUUUUGGCUUCCGGCGCUUCUUCAAGGACAAGUGGAACCAGCUGGAUCUGGCCAUCGUGCUGCUGUCCAUCAUGGGAAUCACGCUCGAGGAGAUUGAGGUCAAUGCUUCGCUGCCCAUCAACCCCACCAUUAUUCGCAUUAUGAGAGUGCUGAGGAUCGCACGAGUGUUGAAGCUGCUGAAGAUGGCAGUUGGGAUGAGAGCUUUGCUCGACACCGUUAUGCAAGCCCUGCCUCAGGUGGGGAAUCUGGGACUCCUCUUCAUGCUUCUCUUCUUCAUCUUCGCAGCACUGGGAGUGGAGCUGUUUGGUGAUUUGAUCUGUGAUGAGCUUCACCCAUGUGAGGGUCUGGGCCGCUACGCCACCUUCAAAAACUUUGGUAUGGCGUUUCUGCUGCUCUUCAGAGUGUCGACCGGAGACAACUGGAAUGGCAUAAUGAAGGAUACGCUGAGGGACUGCGCCCAUGAUACCAGCACCUGCUACAACACUGUGGUCUCUCCCAUCUACUUUGUCUCAUUCGUCUUGACCGCACAGUUUGUCCUCGUCAAUGUGGUGAUAGCCGUGCUGAUGAAACACCUGGAAGAAAGCAACAAAGAAGCCAAGGAGGAAGCGGAGAUGGAGGAAGAGAUGGACCUGGAACUCCGUACAGACAUGGGAGAUGUGACAACAAGGUCACCCCAGCUCAACCCUCUGCCACUGUGCAUAGACAGGACAAGUUCUGGGGGGUCUCCAUGGAGGUCCACUGGUUUGGGGAGCAGGGAGCAGGAAAGGUGCAGUCCCAUGGACUCACCUACUGCUGAUAUAAACAGAGACUCAGUACACAUCACAGCAGAUCCACCUUCCUACCUGGAGCCCCCGCUGGAGCGGAGGGCGCUCUUUGACUCGGUCUCCCUGGUCGUCCAGGGUUCGAUGGAGGGGGAGUUGAGUUUGAUGGACAACCUGUCCGGCUCGAUCUGCCACUACUACGCGCUGCCCCCCGAGCCCAGUGAUCACGCCACCGACAAGAAGAUUCCUCUAGCGGAGAUGGAAGCUCUGUCUCUGGCCUCUGAGAAAUCCUGGUCCCUAACUCUGACAGACGACUCGGCCCCCGAUGAUUUUAACCCCUUCUUUCUAACCAGUCUGGAAUGCAAUCCAGAGCAGAUCGAUCCUGGGGAGGAGCCACUGGAGGACAACCUGCUCAGCGUCAGGAAGUCCACAGUGGGACGCACACACUCCCUGCCCAACGACAGCUACAUGUUCCUCCCCCAGCAGCCCUUUGGACACCCAGCUCCAGCUCCAGCACACCUUCUAGCACAGAUGCAGGGGCUCCAGCACAGACUGGGUACCCAAAGCGCCCAAUUAGGCUCUAGGGGCUCGGUGCGUUCACAGCCAGAGGGGUUUUCUCAGCAGCUCACCGUCCCCACAGACCUCUUCAGGCCCAUCAGCCCCAACAGUCACUCAGAUUCUGAGAGCAUACUUCGGCUACCACCUCCCAGACGCACACAUCCAUUCAGCCGCACACUUCGCAGACAGGUUGCCGUGUCUACUGACUCCCAGGAGGCCCUGUGUCUAUAUGGAGGGCAAGAAAAAGAGGGACACCUGAACGUGGCCUCUCUGGGUCUCACUCCAUCACCCUCCUCCUCACCCUCACCCUGCUCCCAUCUGCAGCACCACCCUGCCGUUUGCUUCGUUCCGGCCACACCAGGCGCCUCACCCAAACCUGCACGCCCCAGCACGGUGCACACUCAGCACUGCCUUGCCUCCUACCCCUCCUCCACAUCUCCUCUGCGCUUACUAGCAAGGCCACACCCACAAGAAGAGGCCUCAGUAGAUCAGGAGGUGUCUCUGAUUACAGGAGCAGGGUUGGCCGGCAGCGAUGACAUAAUCAGGGCUGCAGGUUUGAGCUCAGAAACAGCGGACGACAGCAGCGACGGCGGCAACGACGGGUACAGCAGCUACGCGAGCUGCCACGAUGGCCGGAGUCCGUGCCUGAGGCAGCUGAAGAGAUUCCAUAGCGCUGACACGCAGGGCGGCAGCACCUUCCUUUCUCGCCCGCGUCCUUACUCCUGGUUGGACGACCUGCGGCGCCACUCCGUGGAGGUCUGCCCCUCCGUGGACUCCAGUCCCCAGCGCAGCACCACCUCCACAUCCUCCGGCUUUGUGUCGCGGACAGACAGCUUGCAGAUACGUAGCCAGACCCCCACUCAGACCUUGUUACCUUCUCCCCGACGUAAGAAAAAGAUGAGCCCACCCUGCAUCUCCGUGGACCCGCCUGAUGGACUUGAGCCCCAGUCCAGCCUUUACCCAGGCCUGGCGGGGCUCAGUGGCAUGGCGCUCGGGGGGUUAGGGAUGCCCCCUCCUCUCCCUGGCACGGACACCUGCCUGAGGAGGAGAGCGCCCUCUAAUGACUCUAAGGAUUCGUUCGACUUGGGAGUCGGAGAGGGUUCAGGGCAGGACGGCGGCUCGCCCAACCCCAAACUGUUGACUCUUCCCAGUUUCUCCUUUGAGAAGUCGAGCUCAGAGCACUGAACAAAC